GUACCACGUCCACGUGGGUUUGAAGCAGACAAGAUGAUGGCAGGCUCAAAGAUAGUUCUUCAAAGCUCUGAUGUUGAUGAAUAUUCUAUAGCUGCUCUGCGUAGCACAAUUACUCGCAUUGUGAACCCUACUUGCUACAAAGGUCAAAAGUUCUACAUCAGUGACAAUUGUCCUAGUUGGUGGCCAAAAGAUGUGGAAUUUUCUCCUUUGACAGGGCCCAAAACUAUCCCUGUUGUUAAGCUGAGAGCAAUUUUUGCAGCUUUUCUGGAGAAAUGUUCUGAGCAGUACACAAUAUCACCUCCAGUUGAUCAGCAAAACUCUGCCUUGACAUUUGAAACUGACCAACCAGAAGACCCUGCAGUUGGUACAAAGAGAGCCAGGAUAAUGCCAGGCUCAAAGAUAGUUCUUCCAAGCUCUGAUGUUGAUGAAUAUGCUGGAAAUAUUCUUCAAAACACAAUUUCACGUAUUUCCAACUAUAAAGGUUGGGGCAAAAACUUCUACACGAGUGACUGCCCAAGUUGGUGGCCAAAAGAUGUGGCGUUUGCUCCUAUGACAGGGCCCAAAGCUACUGGUAUUGUCACUGCUGUAAACCAGAGAAAGAUAUUGGCAGCUUUCCUGGAGAAAUGUCCUGACCAGUACACAAUAUCACCCGGGGCUUGGCUACUCAAUCCCACCUCUUCCCCACUCGUUGAUGAUAAGCAACCAGUAAGAGAAGUCAGCCCACAAAGUUCCUCUGAAAGUGAUCAAGAAGAGCCUGUAGGAAUGAACCAAACACCACCUACUGGAGCUAAUCUUACCCGAUCAGUUGGAGCCACAAUCAACACUGCUGCACAACAUGCAAAGCUUAUCAUACCCAGCUCUUGUGCAAAUGACUACUCUCAACCUAGUCUCAUUUCGCUAAUUCAAAAGAUUUUAAACCCUGAACUGCGAAACUUUAUAUACUCCAGUGCUAAUUGUCCCAGCUGGUGGCCGACUGAUGUACCAUUCACUAGGGCAGAAGAUAUGGAAGCUAAGGACAGGACAAAAGUACUGACAGCUUUUCUAAAGAAAUGCCCUGAGCAGUACACAAUAUCACCUCCAGUUGAUCAGCAAAACUCUGCCUCGGAAGAUGAAACUGACCAACUAGAAGACUCCCUCAUAUAUGUCAAUGAUAGUUCAAAUGAUUCUGAUGAAGAAACUGUUAGCAUAUCAAGUGACCCUGAAGACCUGGUGAAUAGUCUAGAGCAGCACCUUCUGGAUUCUAGGAAAAGAAGGCUGGAGGCUGAGAGGAAAGUUGAGGAGCUGACGGAAGAAAUCAAACGUCUCAAAGAAGAAAGGAAAAGUAUAGGUUCUAUUGUGAAACGAUCACGACUCCAUCACUAGUGUGUAGUCCCUCAUACCUAACUGAAUUUAUUAUUUGGAUUUCAUUUUUUCACUUUAUUUUUUUGUUAGCUUCGUUCACUCUCUCUUAUACCUCCCUCCUGUAUUCAUGAUCAUGCUGCUCAAUUGAAGGUUUGUAAUUUGAUGGGA